AUGACAAUUGCCAAUCAUUUUUCACCUCUUUUGGUUUUUUGUAUUUUUUGUAGUGCAUUCACUUUAAUUGGCGCUACAAUUGGGCCAAACGAUGUGAAAAGGCCUUCCAAAUCAUUCCAGCCUAUCGAAGCCAACUCACCUGGAAAUGAUACGGUUUUUGAUCGAGCUCUCGUCGUUACCAGCUCAAAGCCCAAAGACAUUUUGCGAGAGCACAAAUCGUAUUCUGUUUCUCAACAAGGGCAACGGGACUUUAAUGGCACCGUCCUCGCCUAUGUCACGCCUUGGAACUCGCAUGGGUACGACAUUGCCAAGUGGUUCGCCAACAAGUUUACCCACAUAUCACCGGUGUGGCUGCAGGCCAGGCUAAAUGACGCACAGGAGGACAUCAUCAUUGGUGGAACACAUGACAUCGACUACCAGUGGAUGCAAGACUUGCGCAGUGCGAACUCGGAGAUAAAAAUUGUUCCUCGAAUUAUCUUUGAGCAGAUGCAGCAUUCGCAAUAUUUGCUUCUUUUGAGUCGUGAUAAACUGGUCAAGACUAUCGCUGAACAUCUAAGUGACUUUGCAAAGAAGUACGACUUUAAUGGCUACGUUAUUGAAAUCUGGCGGGCAUACGGCGGUCAGCAUCGCUUGGAUCUAGUCCACAUGUUUUCACUGAUUAGUGAAGUUUUUAAGAAGCACAACCUAGAGCUUUUUCUUGCCGUCCCUCCGCCACUCUACUUUGGAGGCUCAUUGAGCACCUUCCAAAAGGAUGACAUUGAACGUUUAUCGCCUUACGUGAAGGGUUUUAGUCUGAUGACGUACGAUUACUCUGAUCCAUCUCGGCCAGGCCCAAACAGCCCUCUUCCCUGGAUGAAGGCGUGCAUUCAGUCCUUGACACCAAAGAACUCUAGUCCUAUACGCAAAAAAAUUCUGCUUGGUUUGAACUUUUACGGCUACGACUACUCAGUCGACGGUGGCGGUCCAAUUUUGGGCAAUCGGUACAUUGAAAUUCUCGACAAACACCGACCGAAGAUUAUGUUCGAUCAGUCCUCUGCUGAGCACUACUUUGAGUACAAAGAGUCCGUCGGUCGCAGUCGAGUAUUCUUCCCUUCGCUGUACUCAAUUCACAAGCGAAUUGAACUGGCAAGCACAAUGGGCACUGGUCUGUCUAUCUGGGAAAUCGGACAAGGACUGGAUUACUUUUACGAUUUACUAUAA